UGGUUUCCGUACUAGUAGUCACCGGGCAAACAUGGCUUCGCACAGUAGCAUGGCCCUUUUGCUCCUAGGUCGAAGAAACAUUUCUGCUCUUGGAUUUCAGGGACCAGUGAGUAGAGUCACAUACGCGUCUGCCCUGUCUGUAAAUUCUUCAUCUCGUAAUAAAGGCGUUCCAGAAAAAAGUGGGCGAGGAUCGUUUGGCAAAAAACCCAGAAGACCUCCAGGGGAGCCCAGGACAGACAGGAUGCCGGUGGAUCAGGACUGGACUGCGGUUUAUCCAGCUGCGAGGGUCUUCAGACCGGGCUCCGUCCCCCUCCCUGUGAGGAUGGGCUACCCAUUGAAGAGAGGCGUUCCUCCAGAGAAGAGGGGCAACUUGGAGCUGAUCAAGAUCCCAAACUUCCUGCAUUUGACACCAGCAGCCAUCAAGAAACACUGUGAAGCUCUGAAACCGUUCUGUAACGAGUGGCCCUCGGCGUUGGACACCGAUGCCAAAUGUGACGAGCACUUCCCCAUUAAAAUAGCGAGCACCGACUACUUGUCGGCCGGCACAUCUCUCAGAAACCCUCUGGCUCGCACUGUUCAACUCUCAUUAAAGCUGUCCAGUUUGAACCUGGAUGACCACGCACGCAAGAAAAUGCUCAAACUUGCUGGGGAUAGAUACUGCAAGGAUACCGACGUCCUCACCAUCAAGACCGACAGAUGCCCACUGAGGCAGCAGAACUAUGAGUACGCCAUGUACCUGCUAACUGUUCUCUACCACGAGUCUUGGAAAGUGGAGGCCUGGGAGGCGGAGAAGACGGUGGCGGACAUGGAGGAGUACAGCUGGAAGGACAGCCCGUCCCAAAAGAACAUCUUGGACUUGCUGUCACGCAUGAAGGUGGCGGUCGAGGGAGACGGCGAGGAAGUACGAGAGCAGCUACUGGGGAGAAAAGAGGUGCAGGAGUAUAAGGACUCGGUCGAAAGGCUGAAGAAUGAGGGAGACAGCGAGAGCAACAUGCUGCAGUACAAGGAGGCCGUCAAGAAACUACUCAACGUGUAAUUAUGAACAUUGAACGACUGUCUUUUUUUUUAUAUACUUGUGGCCUCAAUUAUAAUUUUGGACUGUCAUACCUGUAACGCAAACAGCAGAUUACUGUAAAUAACUGUGCAUCGUGCAUCAGGAUUUUACAAUCUCAAGAGUCUCAACUAGUUGGUAUUUAUUUUUCAGGAAACAUUUACUGUCAUCAGGUGUGUUACGCAUUCUUUAAUACCAGAAAUAAAAAGUGUAAUGUGG